AUGAAUUAUUCAACUGGUGCUGAUUCAAAUCCGCGCAGUCUUGCUGUCGGCAAUCUCAAUAGUGAUCUCCAACAGGACUUGGUCGUUGCAAAUUUUGGUACUCACAACAUUGGAAUCUUUUUCGGAAUGAGCAAUGGAAUUUUUAAAUUUCAUAUGACUUUGACCGCUGGAUCUUCACGUCCACUUUGCGUUAGUGUCGGUGAUUUUAAUAAUGACGGUCACUACGAUAUUGCCACUGUCAAUUAUGGAACUGAUACCGUAGGAAUUUUUCUUGGUCAUGGAAAUGGAUUUUUUUCAAAUCUAAUUACUUUCUCUACUGGUUAUGACUCACUUCCAGUUUCACUUGUUAUUGCUGAUUUCAAUUACGAUAAUGCAGUCGAUAUCGGAGUGGCAAAUUAUGGCACUAACAACAUAGGAGUGUUUCUUGGUUAUGGUAAUGGAUCUUUUGGAAUUCCAACACUGUUGACAACUGGUAUAAAUUCUCAUCCAUAUUCUAUAGCUGUAGCCGAUUUUAAUAAUGACCUUCAACUUGAUAUCGUCGUUGUCAAUCAAGGUAACGAAAAUGUCUGUCUACUUCUAGGAAAUCGAAAUGGAACUUUUUCGUUGCAAACGAGUUUUUCAACUGGCAAUAAUUCUUGGCCAGUUUCCAUCGCUAUUGGUGAUUACAAUCAAGAUAGUGCAUUAGAUGUCAUCGUAGCCAAUUAUGGCACUUCCGAACUAGUUUUAUUGUUGAAUAAUGGUAAUGGAACUUUUGUAGAUCGAGCAGUGUAUUUCACACAAUAUAGUUUUCAUCCUUAUUCGAUUGUCAAUGCUGACUUUAACAAGGACGGUAGAUUAGAUAUUAUCGUUACCAAUUAUGAUACCAACAAUAUGCAGAUUAUUCUUACAUAUAAUAAUUACACUAUAUCAAAUCUAGCCACUUAUUCAACUACUGAUGAUUCGAAUCCAACAUUCAUCAUCACCGUUGAUUUUAACAAUGAUAGUCGCAUUGACAUUGCCGUUGCCAACUAUCAGAAGGACAAUGUCGGCAUUCUUCUUCAGAAUGAUGAUGGCACUUUUUCAAGUCAAAUGAUCUAUUCAACUGGCACUAACUCUAGACCAAAAUAUCUCGGCGUAGGUGAUUUUAAUGGUGACAGUCACUGGGAUAUCGCCGUCGUCAACAUUUGGAUGGACAAUAUUGCUAUUCUUCUCGGAUAUGGGAACGGUAAUUUUUCUGACCCAACAGUUUACUUAGAUGACGAAGGUGGCCAGCCAAUAGGGAUCUGUGUUGGCGAUUUCAACAACGAUAACUGCUUGGACAUCGUCGUCGCCAACUAUAGGACGAGCGAUGUCAGUAUUUUCUUCGGAUAUUGUAAUGGUAGUUUUUCUGAUCGAACAUCUUAUCAAACUGACGAUAAUAUUGGGCUCAUUGGAAUUGCUGUUGAUGAUUUCAAUAGUGAUAAUCAUUUAGAUAUUGCCGUCGUCAACCAGGUAACGGACAGUCUCGGUAUUUUUUUGGGACAUAGCGAUGGUAGUUUUUCCUAUCAGAUGCCUUACUCAACUGGCACUGGUGCAGGGCCAAAUGCGGUCGCUAUUGGUGAUGUCAAUAACGACAAUAAGAGGGACAUCAUCGUUUGCAAUUAUUAUAAUGACAAUGUAGAUAUUUUUCUAGGAAAUGGCAAUGGUAGUUUUUCCAACCAACAGACUUAUUCUAUUGGCAGCGGUUCGUAUCCAAUCUUUGUCACCACUGGUGAUUUCAAUAAUGACAAAAGGUUAGACAUCGCCGUUGUCAAUGGAGGUACUUACAAUGUAGGUAUUCUGCUUGGGUAUGGCGAUGGCAAGUUUUCAAGCAUAAGGACGUAUUCAACUGGGGAUGGUUCUAAUCCAAAGGCGAUUGCCAUGACUUAUUUCAACGAAGAUGAUCUAAUGGAUAUGGCCGUCGCUAAUAUGAGAACUAGUAAUGUAGGUAUUCUAUUUGGUAGUGUAAAAGUAACUGGCAUGGGCGAAGCUAUAUCUUUCACAGGAUCAGCUCCAUGUCCACAGAGUAUUGCUGUCGGUGACCUGAAUAACGAUAGUCAAUUAGAUGUCGUAGUCGGUAAUUAUGGCAUGGAUAAUAUUAAAAUCUUUUUUGGAGAUGCAAACGGAACUUUUCUCACACAAACAAUAUUUUCAACUGGUUUUUUGUCUCUUCCAACCUCUGUUGUUGUGAAAGACUUAAACAACAAUAAUCAAUUGGACAUUGUCAUCGCUAAUUCUGGCAAUGAUAAUAUUGGUAUUCUUUUCGGACAUGGGAAUGGUUCGUUUGAUGGUCCAAUUACGUAUUCCACUGAUAUAGGUUCGAAUCCACAAUCGGUCGACAUUGGUGAUUUUAACGGUGAUGAUCAAUUGGAUAUUGUAGUAGCUAAUUACGGUUCUAAGAGUGUUAAUAUACUAUUGAAAUAUGAUCCAGGUGCUUUUCAAAGUAUGAUAUGGUAUUCUACUGGAACUAAUUCUAAUCCAAAUUCAAUCGCCAUUGGCGAUUUGAAUAAUGACGGUCGAUUGGACAUUGUAGUUGCUAACAGAGGUUCCGGCAAUAUAGGUAUUUUUUUUGGAUACGACAAUGGAACAUUUUCAAGACAAAUUACCUUUUCAAUUGGAAGCUCGUCUAGACCUUAUUCGGUAGCUAUUCAUGAUUUCAACAAUGACAGCCGAUUGGACAUCGCUGUCGCCAACUUUUGGAGCGGCGAUGUUGUUAUUCUUCUCGGAUAUGGCGAUGGCACCUUCACAAAUCAAAUGAGAUAUUCAACUGGCGAAGACUCAGGAUCCAUAUUCGUCGUGGUAGGUGAUUUCAACAAUGACAAACGAUUAGAUUUGGCCGUUGUCAACCAUGUCAGUGCCAACGUCGGUAUUCUUCUCGGAUAUGGUAACGGGAGUUUUAGAAAUCACAUGAGCUAUUCAACUGGUAGUAAUUCUUUCCCAUUAUCAGUCACUGUUGGUGAUUUUAACCAUGACGAUUGGUUGGACUUCGCUGUCGUCAACUAUGGAACGAGCAAUCUUGGUAUUCGUCUUGGCCAUGGUGAUGGGACCUUUUCAAACCAAACAACUUAUUCAACAGGAGUAAGUUCGAAACCAUGUUUCAUCACUACUGUUGAUUUGAACAACGACUAUCGAUUAGAUCUUGUCGUUGCCAAUUACCAAUCGAACAAUAUAGGUAUCUUUCUUGGAUAUGGGAACGGCAAAUUUUCAAGUCAAACAGCUUAUUCGACAGGUAGUGGUUCUGGACCGAAUUCAAUCAUUAUUGGCGAUAUUAAUAAUGAUGGCUUACUGGAUAUUGUUGUCGCAAAUUUUCUCGGAAACACUAUUGGAGUUCUUCUAGGAUUUAAGAAUGACGAUUUUUUAAGUCUAUUGACAUAUUCUACUGGUGAUGCUUCUGAGCCAUACUCAGUCGUUGCUGGCGAUUUUAAUAAUGACGGUCGACUUGAUAUAGCCGUUGCCAAUUACGGUAGCAACAAUGUAGGUGUGUUUCUUGGUUAUGAUAGUCGAAAUUUUUUAAGAGCACCAUCCUAUUCGAUGGGAAACGAGUCACGACCACGCUAUGUUGUUGUUGGAGAUUUCAAUAAUGAUAGUCGGUUGGAUGCUGUUGUUGCCAAUAAUGACACUGAUAAUAUAAUGAUCGUUUUUGGAUCUGGUCAUGGUAUGUUUUCGAGUAAAAUGAUGUAUUUUACUGGCAAUGGUUCUCAUCCAUGUAGUAUCGCGGUUAGUGAUUUGAAUAAGGACACUCACCUAGAUAUUAUUGUCGCCAAUUCUGGUAGUGAUACUAUUGGCAUUUUGCUUGGUUAUGGAAACGGUAGUUUUUCAAAUCAAGACACUUAUUUCACUGGUCUUCAUUCGAGUCCAUCUUCGGUUGGGGUUUUGGAUAUGGACAAUGAUACACUUUGGGAGGUUGCCAUAGCUACUGCUGAUGCUAACAGUAUUGUCAUUCUUUGGGGUUACAGCAAUCGAAAUUUUACACAUCGAACGACUUUCCAAAAUAGUUUCGGUUCGCGUCCGUUUGCAAUCGCGGUCGGCGAUGUUAAUCAAGAUAAUUUAACUGACGUUGUCAUAGCCAAUAAUGGAUAUGGUAAUAUUGGUUUCAUCUCGAAGACUUGUUAA